AUGAUUAAUCAAACGUUAGAUUCAAGUACUAUUUCAACUGCAGUUGUAGCGGAACCAUGUGGAUGUCCUUCAUGUAAUAUUAAAAUGCAAAAAGAACAACAUGUGCAUGGAAUUAAGUGUCCACGAUCGAAUGAACAAUUCGAAGGUGAUCAAUUAUUACAAACACCUAAAGUACUAGAUGGUUGUGAAGUUGAAAAACAAGAUUGUAGUAAUGAAUUUCAAAAGAUGAGUCGUUGUCUAUCGAUAUCUUUGAGAUGUUGUAAAGAGGUACCCGACUGUGAUGUACUUGAGCAUCGUUAG